AACCAUUUUAAACUGGAAGUUUAGUUGUAAAUAACUGCCUAACCAACAACCAUCCAGGAUAGAGCACCAACUGACGUAUUUAUCGACUAGGUUCAUCGUUUUACGAAGGUUUAUUUUCUACCGCAGAAUGUCUCGAAUUUCCAGAAAGCGCAAGCCGGAUGGCGUGGAACACGAAGCGACUUCAGAGAAGAAAAAAGCUAAAUCAUCCGCUGAGAGUUUUAAUAUGAAGCGAGUUCGUAUCUUAACUGGACAGAAAGAUGUCUCGUCUGGUUAUCAAGGAAUUGUUUACUGGAUGUGGCGUGACCAAAGAGUGCAAGAUAACUGGGCAAUGAUUUAUGCACAGAAAAUUGCAAUGGAACACAACAUGCCUUUGCAUGUCUGUUUUGCAUUGCCUGAGAAAUUUAGAGAAGCCAGCAUCAGGCAAUAUGGAUUCAUGUUGAAAGGUCUGCAAGAAGUUGAGAAGGAACUUAAGAAACUGAACAUUUCAUUUCACAUGUUGCUUGGAGAUCCUAGUACAACAGUUUCAAAGUUUAUUUCCUCCUACAACAUUGCUGGUGUUGUAACUGACUUCUCUCCCUUAAAAGAGACAAGAUCCUGGCUCGAUCAAGUCGUAAAAACUGUACCAAGUGAUGUUGCAGUAUUUGAGGUUGAUGCCCAUAAUAUUGUGCCAUGUUGGGAAGCCUCGCCAAAAUUGGAAUAUGCGGCCAGGACAAUUCGUCCUAAAAUCACAAAUCAACUGCCGUCAUUUCUGACAGAAUUUCCACCAUGUGUGAAACAUCCUAUUGACUCUAAGGCUCACAAGGAUACAAACUGGAAGAAUGUGUAUAAGUUCAUCGAAGUUGACCAGAGUGUUCCUGAAGUGUCUUGGGCAAUUCCUGGAACAGAAGCUGGAAUGAAAAGAUUGAUGACCUUCAGUGAAGGCAACCUCAAACAUUUUUCAACAGAAAGAAAUGACCCGACAAAGAAUUCAUUGAGCAAUCUUUCACCUUGGUUUCAUACAGGUCAAAUAAGUGUUCAGAGAGCAAUACUGGCAGUUUCAAAGCAAAAAUCAAAAUGGAAGGAGUCAGUUGAGGCUUUCAUCGAAGAAUCUGUAAUCCGCAGAGAACUCGCUGAUAACUUUUGUUUCUACAAUGAAAAUUACGAUUCUGUGGAUGGAGCAAGCGAAUGGGCGAAGAAAACAUUGAGAGAUCAUGUGAAAGACAAAAGAGAAUAUAUCUAUACAAAAGAACAGUUUGAAACAGCAAAAACACAUGACAGACUUUGGAACGCAGCGCAGCUCCAAGUUGUACGUGAAGGUAAAAUGCACGGAUUUCUUCGCAUGUAUUGGGCUAAGAAGAUCUUGGAAUGGACCAAGACGCCUGAAGACGCUCUGGAGAUUGCGUUGUAUCUGAACGAUAAGUACCAGCUGGAUGGAAACGAUCCAAAUGGAUUUGUUGGAUGUAUGUGGUCGAUUUGUGGAAUACAUGAUCAGGGGUGGUCCGAGAGAUCCAUUUUUGGCAAGAUACGGUACAUGAACUACGAGGGAUGCAAGAGAAAGUUUGAUGUUGCCGCUUUUGAAGAUGAAUACAAGUAACGGAUAAACGAUUUAUUGUUGACUGUUAAUUCAUCAUAUUUCACUUUUCUAAGGAUGUUUAGCUUAAAUUUUGGGGAAGACGGACGUGGUAGACAACGUAGAAUAUUUGUGUGGGUCAACGCCCUGUUUUGAAAUUCUUUGUUGCUGAUGUUCUGAAUGAAGUCUAGUUUAUAUUCUGUAAAAAAACAAACAUAGAGCAGUUACGUUUUUAAACCAGUGUUUAUUAAAUAGAACUUUUUACAUUAUUAAUGGUAAGACGUUUAGCAGUUUGAAACCUCAA